AAAGGGAAGCAGCCUCCUCGUUCUCGGCCUCCGGAUUGCACACAGCCAGGCCGGCCGGCGAACCCUCUCCUCUGUCCCCUACCCCCAGAAAUCGACCACCGCCAAAAAUGCUGCCCCUUCUCCGCGGCGUCGUCUCCGGCCACCUCCGCCGCUCCCUGUCCACAGCCGCCCCGCGCCCUCCCUGGGUGCUCAUGGACCGCGAUACGCAGCUCACCAGAUCCCCGGUAGGCGUCUCCUCCUCCUUCCGCCCGCCCCCCUCCGCCUCCUCCAUCACCGUCCCCGUCUGGUCCUUGGACCUACAGCCUCCCGGGGCCGGGGACAACAACCUGUACAUGGACACCAUGCGCAGCCGCCUCCUCGCCGCCAGCGCCCACGGCUUCCUCCUCCUCGACGCUCACAAGUCCCGUUUCAAGCUCCACCCCAAAGCGGACCUCAACCUCCCGCCCGACGUGCUCCUCAAGGUCACGCCCUCCGAGCUCGUCUGCCGGAGGUUCGAGCGCCGCGUCUGCAACCCGGUCACCGGCGACCUCUUCCGCCUCCCGGACCUCCACGGCACCUCAACGGACGGCAUGGGCCUCCUCACCCAGCCCGAGAGGUACGUCGCGGCCCAGCUCACCGAGGUCGACGGCGGCCGCCGCUUCAUGCUGCGCCGGUUCUCCUCGGAGACGGGGGACUGGGGCGAGCUGGUGCUGCCGUCGCCGCUGCCGCCUGGCCGCCGGAUGCACCUGGACCAAGAGCACGAGGUGCUGGACUUCGGGGGCCGGCUCUGGUGGGUGGACCUCAGCUGGGGCGCCGUCUGCGUCGACCCGUUCGGCGCCCGGCCUGAGCUCCGCGCCGUCGAGCUGCCGGAAGGCUGCGUGCUCCCUGGCCAACACAGCGACACGGACAUAAGGCGGCUCGUCAACCUCAAGCACCGCCGCAUGGGUGUCAGCGCCGGCAGGCUGUGCUACGCCGACGCCGACGCGUUCCAUAUCAGGUCCUUCACGCUGGACGACGAGAGCGGCCGCUGGACGCUCCAGCACCAGGUGCCCGUUGACAGCCUUUGGCCCAAUGGCAAGGUGCUGCCUUCCGUUGCUGCUAUCGACCCGCUCGACGCUGAUGUGCUGCACCUCAACGUGGAGGAAUUUACCGUCAGCGUGGACAUGCGCCAGGAGACUAUCCUUGUGGGUAGUGCAUCUUUGCUGAGAGGCGUUUCUCCUCAGUCCGCCUCAAGCUCCUACCUGCCAUGUGUGCUCCCAUCAUUUCUCGGAUCGGCCCCGAUUCCAGGCAAGAAUGACGUCGAAAAAAAUAAGACUCUGGCAGAUGUUCUGGUUCGUUCGGACAGACACCUGAAGACCUGAAAGGUUUCUUAAAACUAACAAUCAAGUAGUGGCAGACGGUGGCAGUUUAUGGGACUCUGACUUUGCGGGAGAGGUGGAGUUUGCUGGUGAAUCAUCUCACCUUUUUUGGGCGAAUCUGGGAGUUGGUUUGGUUCAGACUUCCAGUUGACACUUGAGAGUAGCGCGAUAAGUAGAAUUACUCAGCUAAAGCGGUGUGAUAUGUGUAAUCGCUGCAAGACAAUGUUGUCUCUUUUGUAGGUAAAAGGUCAUGCAUCCACAUGUUUAACUCACUAUUUGGGUUCUCCUCUGCUUAUCUGUCUUACGCUCAGUAUGGUGAUGAAUUGCUGAUGCGCAUUUCAGUUUCA